AGCCAGCCAGCCAGCCAGCAGCGCCGCACACCACCACAAGCAGGCAACCGCGCAAGACCGCUCGAGGCUCCCGUUUUGCUCGCUUCCUCGACUCGACCGACGCUCGCCAUGUUCCGCUGCGGGAUCGCCUACCCGCGCUGCAGGUGGAUCGUGCCCCUGCUGCUGCUCUUCGCCAUCAUCUUCGACAUCGUCGCCAUCGCCGCCACGUCGGGCUGGGUGACGGACGAGGAGGGCAAGACGCACUACGCCAGCAUGUGGGAGCAGUACCACGGACGCAACGACCAGUGGGAGAGCAAGUCCCUUAUGGAGUUCUCGUGGGCGCAGGCGGUGGCCGCCCUGAUGAUCCUGGGCCUCCUCAUCCUCAUCGGCGCCUUCAUCCUGUCCUGCGUGGCGCUGUGCUGCACGCUCAACGUCACGCUGCUGCCCGUCAUCGGAGUCAUGCUCAUUGUCGUCGUGGUGCUGCAGGUGAUUGCCCUGAUCAUCUACCCGGUCAAGUUCAACGAGCAGAUCUUCGAGGGCCACUACUACUACACGUGGGCGUACGGCUUCGGCUGGGGCGCCACCCUGCUGUGCAUCGGCUGCGCCGUGCUCUUCUGCUGCCUGCCGCGCUACGAGGACGAGCUCACCGGCCUGGCCAAGACCAAGUACAUCUACACGUCCGCCUGAAGCCCCCCCCACGACCCCCUGGCCCCGCCCUCCCCAACCCCCAGAAGCGCGUCUUCCUCCGCCUUGGAACAUUUGUACACUUUCACCCCAAUUGAAGAUGCGGGUCGCAUCGGCGUCGGCGGUUGCGGCCGUUUUGUCCUUCUCCGUACGAAACCUCACCCAAGUGCCUGCGCAUCAAUGGCAACGGAGUGGCAGCAAUUGUUGCGGCAUUUUUCAUCUGGACUCCAUGACUUGGACUCUUUGAUCCCCAUCCACCGCUCCGGGAUCCAAAAUGCUUCGGCGGUCAUUCUGAAGUGUUUGUUCCCGGGUCAUCCAUCCGCAACUCUCCAACAAUCCGGAGCGUUGCUUCGGGGGGCGUGGAUGGAAAAAAGGGGUCCCCAGCCUGACGAUAAAAUGUGCUUCAAUGUCAUCCUUGCGCCUUUCUUCUUGGCAUUUCUAAUGCUCAGUUCUAAAAAAAAUUAUUAUUUUUUUUUUUGCCUGCACGCUCUUCAUUUUGUAUUAAUUAUUUCUCGUCAAGAGGCUCGAGGGGGGAUUAACUUUGCUUUGCAUUAGAGGUGAUUUCAUUGUGCUAAAAUCGAAUGUAAUUUGUGACAUUUCAGUCUUUAGAGAAAUUAGGAUUUGAAAAAGAUAUCAGAGUGUGUGUGUAAGCUGACAUUAUUGUGACAUUAACAACAAGGGAGGGUUGUUGUUGUUGUUGGUUUAAAGGGAGCAGUAUGUACUCCAAAUGUUCAGAGUUUGUUUGUUUUUUUUCGAAACCGGUGUUUUGGGGUUUUAGCAAAGGAGGGAACUAGCAUUAUUCAGCGUGAAAAACACCCAAACUCUUGGUCUGAUGUGCCUUACCUACUCAAAUGUCUGAUUUUUGCAUCAAAAUACUGUACAAGACCUCCUCGUUUGAUGUAUUGAGUGAAUUAACAACAAAAAGAGCAGAUUCCAGUCAGAAAGUCGUGUCAAAAAAAAAACAACAACGGCUGACACGGCAUUACUGACAGGCUCAACCAAAAGUCUGAUCAAUAUUUGAAAAUGAGAAUUGAUCAUGGCAGGUUGCGUGCGUGUGUGUGUGUGUUGUCCUACUACUGUUUUAAGACUUUUUCAUUCGUUCCUGUGGGUAUGUCACGGGUGCUGUCGUUAACGAGUUGCCCCUCAUUGUUCUUCUGCUGUAGUUAGUGUGAAGCGAGUCUCUUCUUUUUUUUUGUAGUUUGUGUAUUUUUAUGCAAUAAACUCUUUGUUUUGACUAAA